GAAAUUGAUUCAUUUCGUGUGACUGUUGUAUGCUUUUAGAAUGGUUCAAUACGAUCAACUAGUAACAAUGUUAAGUAUGUUGGGGGAAGACGUAAACUGUUUGCAUGCAAUUCAUACAUGGAUUUGAAUGAAUUUAAACAUUUUAUAUGCUCUAGGAUUGGCAUUGACACUAAAAGAAGUACUGUCAAUUUAAGUUUUAAGUACAAUCUUAGUGGAGAUUUGUUAGCUUUUCCGCUUGAGGAUGAGGAGGCUAUAGAUGCAAUGUGGGUAUAUUCAAGGUCUACCCUUAGUCCUUCUUUAGAGUUAUAUGUAGAAGAGGUACCCCUAGGGAAUGAAGAUAUCAAUGUUGUGGAAACAAAUGCAUUCAUGAAUAUAACUCCUUCUGCUCCUUCUGCAUUCAUGAAUAUGAGAGAGAUGAAAUGCACUUGUAACAAACCCUCCAUAUAUCACUUACCUUGUUCUCAUGUUCUUGCCGUAUGUAUUAAACGACACUUAUCCUACGAGCGUUUUGUGGACUCCUGCUACACGACCCAGAGCUAUGUCAACACAUAUGAAUCCAUAUUCUUGCCGUUGAUUGAUAAGAGGUCAUGGCCUCAAUACACCGGUGUUGAUGCGCCAUGGGAGGUCAUCUCCGGGUACAGCUGGGGUUCGGCAGCCCUAGCGUAUCUGUACAGGAGACUUUGUGAAGCUUCACGGAAGAACGUGAAGGAGAUCGCUGGGCCCCUGAUUAUUCUACAACUUUGGGCAUGGGAGCAUGUUCUCAUUGGUCAACCGAUGAGGAGUGUGGGACGUGGUGCAUUUGCGCCACCACUGCUUCCUCCCCCGCAUGUGCCAUAUGGAUCGCGGUGGUCCUUUGAAAGACGAACAAGGACCCACACUGGAUCGGGCGUGGGGUUCUACCGUGAUCAACUCGAUCUACUACGUGCUGACCAGUUUCUAUGGGACCCUUACCCCCCUGAGGCAUACGCUGCAUUGCCUCAGCACUCGGGCAUAAUGUCAGGGGCGUGGAGAGCAUCUGUACCUCUGCUCUGCUUCGACAUAGUCGAAGUGCAUCUCCCUGAACGCGUAUUGCGCCAAUUUGGGAUGGUACAGGGCAUCCUGCCUCCAUGUGACACAGAAGCGGAGUUCCACCACUCUCGCAAGGGUCGGGAACCCAAGAACUGGCUAGAGGUCAACUGGCGCCAUGUCGCUCGUUGGGAGCACAGGCUAGAGCUGCUGGCCCAAGGUGCGCCGAUCGACGCUGAAGGCGCACCUACUACGGCGGAUUACAUGCCGUGGUUCCUCUCCAUUACUCGUCAAUGGAUGACACCACGAGGUAUCAUGGCGGCAGCCCAGUACACUCCCGCAGCAUCGACGUUGACACACUUUGCACAGGGCAUUGCAUCAGUCAUCAGCUCCUCCCAAGAGGAGCCCGUACGGGAGAUUGCCCAAGGCUUACUCCGAGGGACGCAGUUUCAACAAUUCAUUAUGGAAUUGACUGCGCCCGACACCACUAUGUACGAGUGCGGUUCAUCUCCUCAUCAUGCCGAUGUUCAUCUUGAGGAGGUUGACUUAACGUGCCCGGACUACGGUGCCGGGUCCUCACAGGGUGCCACAUCAUCACACUAUCAUUCCCCUCCCCUACCCGAGCGUCAUGCGACUGCAUCUUACUAUCGUAGGAGGCGUCGUAAACCGUCACAAUUAGACAGGGUACAGGAGGAGGAUUAGCAUUACAAUAGUGUU